AUGGCUAUGGCUACUUGUACUCAGCUAUCUUCUUCGCCUUUGUUGCACUCUCAAAUUUCCAAAAAGCCAUUCCUUCUCUCGGCGGCGAAGAUCGACGGCCGUCAUGGUUUCUCUUUACGGAGGCCCAACUCUCUCUCGUUAUCCCGUCGUCAUUCAGUCUCACCUUUGGCCGCGUCUUCCGCCGUCGGCGUCAAUGAACCGGUGACUUCAGAGAAAUCAACCAGAACUCUUCCGUUUCGAGUCGGUCACGGUUUCGAUCUGCAUCGGUUAGAGCCAGGGUACCCUCUGAUCAUCGGCGGGAUUGAUAUCCCUCACGAUAGAGGCUGCGAAGCUCACUCCGAUGGCGAUGUGUUGCUCCAUUGUGUAGUGGAUGCAAUUCUGGGAGCUUUAGGGCUUCCUGAUAUCGGUCAGAUUUUCCCUGAUUCUGAUCCUAAAUGGAAAGGAGCUGCUUCAUCUGUCUUCAUCAAAGAAGCUGUAAGCUUUCGUAGCUUAACACCUUUAUCGAAUGUGAAUAAAAGCUAUAAACUUGAAAUGGUGAUCACUUGUAAUGAGGUGAGACUCAUGGACGAGGCAGGGUACGAGAUAGGAAACCUAGAUGCGACAUUGAUUCUACAGAGACCAAAGAUAAGUCCACACAAAGAGACAAUUCGAACCAACCUGUCGCAGCUUCUCGGAGCAGACCCUUCUGUAGUGAACCUUAAAGCCAAAACCCAUGAAAAAGUUGAUAGCCUCGGAGAAAAUAGAAGCAUUGCGGCUCACACUGUUGUUCUCCUCAUGAAGAAGUGA